GGGAUAGAUUGACUUGCUGCUAGUGACCUGUCGGAGAUUUGAUGUAAAGUGAUCAGCUUGAAGAAGAGGAGAAUGAGCAUCUGCUGGUGCUGAUCCUUGGAUAGCUGAAACUGGAACUUUUGAGUAUACCUGCUGUACUUGAAGGACUCAGCUACAUCAAGAGGAUAUACCUUUGAGAUUCCAAAUUGACGUCUAAUGUUCGAGCUCUUUAAAACAGGAUAUCGAAAUGACCAACUUGUACUAAAAUAUAUUUCGAUCGUACCUAUUCUCACCGACUUAGCACCCACCUACCUAGUAUAUUCAUUCUACCUCCCUUCUGUAGGUUGGCCUCUUUUUAUUAGCGCUGGACCUUCAGCUCUUCAUGGCUGUCUCAACAACCCCUCCCAACUAAACUGGCCUGAACCUCGACGUCAUAAGAGCUCUCCUGGCGAUCAUAUUUACGUUGUACAGCACAUUAUUUAUCCACGACGUUAACAUUAGCCUGGUGAUCUAACUUUUAGUUGAUUGUCUCCCGCCAAGAAAACCAGGAACUGAUUAGUAUUCAACCUCUUUAUACUCCGUAUAUAACCCUGUGAUCUCCCGCUCCAACCCCUGCAAAGAGGAUCAGAAAAGAAGCUCAUAACCCUUGACUGUGAGACCCCUCCUCGCACCUCCCUCCCUGUCUGCCAAGCUUGGACAGUGAAAUCUAAUCUCAACUCUCCAUAUCCAUAUCCAUAUACAUACAAUCCUACACGUCGUCCUUCGCCCCCUUGGACACCACCAACACCAAAACUCUUAAUAUCUCAUCACCCAACAUGGCUUCACCUACAACAACCGACCAGCCCUCGAGGGCUACUACUGGCUUUAGCACCGCCAGCGAAGAUGCCAUUCCCGAAGUUGACCCUUCAAGCACUGCCGGCUUGCUUGCUGAGCGACUCCAGGCAUGGAAACAUGCUGUUGGCUACAUAGAGGAGUACAUGAAGGCCAUGGAGAGGAUCCACGGCCACCACGCCAAAGAAUAUGAGCGGGCGCUCAAGGCCAUCAACAACCCCCUCAAGGAGGGCCACCACUUCGACCAGAGUCUGGGCGGCGUUGCCGGAUUCUUCGAGAACAUGCGCUCCAACACGCAGUCCCUCAUCAACACCAACAUCGAAACCGAAAAGAGCAUCAAGGGCUCUGUCCUCCCCGUUCUCGAACGCUUGCAUAAGGAGAUCAAGCACAAGGCCAAGGAGCUCGCCCAUGGCGCCGAGAAGGGCGCAAAGGAAGUUGACAAGGCUCGCAACACGACCCAGAAGCAGAUAGAGCUGCUUGGACAACAUGCGGCUUCUUUCGACUCUGCGGGGGGUCAUCUCAACAGCCACGACGACCCUUAUGUCGUCUACCGCGGUGUCCUGCACCGUCUGAACAGCCAGGUCAUUGCCGAGAACAACCACCGAAAUGACCUGAUUGCUGUUCAGAACAACUUCCAGAGCUUCGAGGCUCACGUCAUUGAGGUUGUCCAGCAGGCCAUGGAGGCCUUCACACAACUUGCUGGUGGCCAGGCUGACAAGACCCGCGCCCUGUAUAAUGACCAGCUCUCGGUCAUUCAACGUGUCGCGCCUGACUUUGAGUGGAAUGCCUUCAAGGCCCGCAGCGCUGACCGCCUAGUUGACCCCAACGAGCCCGCCCGCUCUGUUGACGCGAUCCAGUUCCCCAACAUGAAUCACGUUGCGACCAAGGCUCUGAUCGAGGGUUCCCUGGAGCGCAAGUCGCGCAACAAGCUAUCUUGGGGCUACUCGACAGGUUACUACGUGGUGACGCCCUCCAAGUUCCUCCAUGAGUUCAAGGAUUCGGAUAACAACCGCCAGGACCCUAAGCCGGAGCUUUCCAUCUACCUCCCCGACGCUGUCAUUGGCACUGUCCAGGGCGAGAAGUUCAGCGUCAAGGGCAAGGACAAGUCCAAGACCAUGAGCAGCAAGCUUACCGGCUCAACCGAGCUCAACUUCAAGGCGCACACAGCUGCUGAUGCUCAGAAAUGGUUCCAGGUUCUCGCAGAAUGUGGAAAGAGUACAGCUCCUUUGAGCACCGGCUCCAGCCCUGCUGGAUCUACGCCCACGUCGCCCAACCCUCAGGUCGCAGCUGACCCCGUUGACGCCAAGGUCCAGUCUCCCAUUACUCCCGUGACCCCUGCUACUGAGCACGGCGCUCAAGAGGCUGGUGUUGUCGGCGGCGAGGCUCCUGCUGCCGCUGCUGCACCAGCUCCCGUAGCCGCUCCAGCGGCAGCUGAAAAGAAGGAGACGGCAAUCUAGAGGCCUGAUUGAGGCGGACGAAGGGUGACAGCCAUUGCGUCGGAGGCCCUGCACAGUUGAUUUUAAUGGACGGAGUUCUCUAUACCCAGUCCUGCAUGCACAGGCAACAAUUGUUUUUUCGUCUCUUGAUUUGACUGUGGUUCAAAGUGAGGCUGGCAGCGACAAGGACAUUAUAUCGUUUGGUGACGAUGCUGUUGACGUGGCUUUUGGUGGUUUGAGAGGAAGAUGGUUGAAAAGAGCAAGUCCAGACUCAUGACUUUGAUAUUUAGAAUCUGUCCUUGUCGCCUUCAUUAUCAUCGGCGGCUCGGAUUGCGGAAGGAAGAAAUUAAUGCGGAUGUGCGUUGGGUGAGUUGUUAUCAAAUUGGCUUAUACCACUAUACCUACUUAACCUGUGUUCGAAUCAUAUUAUACAGUUUCAUUUCUGCACUCUGUCUUUACAGUGAUCUAUGUGAUAAUCUACCUAAGGUACCCUCCCUUUGGACAUGGUAGGACGUGGCCACUUGUGUUUCCCUUUUCCUCGUCACCUGAGCGAUAUUCUACUGCGCUCCUAAUAAACAGUUGAUUGAAAAGACCAUCCUUGACUGUGAUGCCGUGUAUCAGAUG